AACUCUUUCUUAAGAAAAGAAAAUCGUUAACAUUCCUAAAAAAUAUAAAAUAAAAAUAGAUCAAGAAACCCUAAAGACUUAACUCUCUCUUUCCAUUUCUUUUGUUACUCCGCUGAAAUUCUUUUUAUCAAUGGACCUGUUAAAUCACAUCCUCUGUUCUUCGUCUUGGCUUCGUUUCCCUAGUCUGUUAUCUUCUGAGUUCCUCGGAGCUUUGUUACCCGUCUUCUUCUCUGGACUCAGUCCAACAAACCUCAACACACUUACACUAAAGUCUCCUUUGGUCUCUAACAACAAUAGGUUGAACCUUCAACGGAGUUUCUUCCACCCAAAAAGUCAGAAAAUAGCUUCCUCAGCUCUACGCAGCUAUCGCAUGCGCCGCUCCAUUGGCUUCUCGCACAAAAAUGACUCAUUGGAGGCAUGCAUACUCUUCAGUCAUUGUCGGAUCUCUAACGUUGUGGAUCGGAGGACUUGUUUUACGAGGGUGCAUUCUCAAAAGAUGUGGCUUACAGACUCAUCUUCUUCUCCACAAAAGUGCUCCUUAGAGGAAUGGAUUCAAUCUCCCUCACUUGUUUUUAUGGGAAAAGCCCUCUUAAAGUUUCCUCCUUCCAGGAACCCUUGCGUCAUUUCAUAUGUUAAUUGAUUUACCAUCUCCUAUUCUCCAACCCAUUCUUGAUUCCAGAACACUCUGAGCGUUCCAUAUGCUUCUCCAGGUAAACGAAGGGUAAGCCGCUAGAUCAGCAUUAAGAAAGUCACUUCGUGGGUGGUAUUUAGAUUUCAUUACCUGUGCGAGUAAGCUUGUGGCAUUGGUAAUUAGCUUCCAAUCUUGCUUUUCCAACAAUCCCUACUUGCGCCUUAGGGAUACAUAAUAACGCCCACCACCACCAAUGAAAACCCUUAUCUAUUUUCAAAUUUCGCCACUUGAAUUUACACAUAAUAUUAUCUAAUUCUCGACAUAAAGAACUUGGUAAUUUAAAGCAUUGCAUAGCGUAAAUUGGAAUGGCUUGUAAAUUUGAUAAAAACCUCUUUCCCCCCUAUGGACAAAUUACGAAUGCUCUAAUUUUUCACUUUUGUCAAAAA